UGGUGUUUAUCCCUUCCUCACUGAUGGACAUUUGGGUUGUUUCCACCUCUGCCUGUUGGGGGUUUUGCUGCUGGGAACACAGAUGUGCCGGUUUUUGUGUGGAUGUGCUGUUUUCAUUUCUUUUGAGUAGAUACCUAGGAGUGGAACUGGGUCUUACGGCAACUGUAAUCGAUUGAGGAACGGCCAGACUGCUUUUCACAGUGGUGCACCAUUUUCCCUUCCCACCAGUGAUGCCUGAGUGCCCUGUCCUUGGCAACACUCAUCAUUGUCUGUCUUUUGGGGUUUUUUGUUUGUUUGUUUGUUUGUUUUUAGACAAAGGGGUGAUGUGCUAUUAAAAUUUGAUUAUAGUGUAGUUUUAUUUCUUUGUGCAUGAGCAUUUUAUAUUUUCUUAUUACACCUCUCUUUUUAAAUUUAUUUUUGUUUUUAUUUAUUUCUUUGUUUAUUUGUUUAUAUCGGAGUAUAAAGUAUAUUGCUUUACUUGUCUGUCUUUUUGACCAUGAACAUCUUUUCACGUGCUUGUUAGCCAUUUGUAUAUUGUCUUUGGAGAAGUGUCUAUUAUUAUUAUUAUUUUUUUUUUUUGCCCGCACCAUUUGGCUUGUGGGAUCUUAGUUCCCUGACCAGGGAUCGAACUCAGGCCCUUGGCAGUGAAAGCACAAGAGUCCUAACCACUGGAACGCAGGGGAAUUCCCUUCCUUUUUUUUUUUGAAGUGUCUAUUCUUUAAAUGAGCUUUUAAUUUUGACUUAAUUUUACACUCACGGGAGAGUUGCUGGAUGGUCGAGAAUUCCCACAUACCUUCACACAGCUUCUCCUUGGGUGGUGUCCUUAGCCUUUUUUAAAAUAAUCACCCCCUUUUUAGACAUUUUUUCUCUAAUCAACCUUUCCCGUGAAAUUCUGUUUUUGGUGGGGGGAGACCACUGUUUUUCAAAACUUUCGCUUUUUAACCAAGUAUAGACUCAUAAGAAGUUGCAAAGACAGGGCAGAGUUCCAUGUACCCACCCCCCAGCCUCCCCCAGGGUGGCAGCUCAUGUAACUAUAGAAACAGUGGGCAGGGAUUCUCGCUGAAGUGACUUAGGAGGGGUUUUGCCAAAACCAGACAAUGCAGAGAUGAACUUGGGAGCCCAAAGCUUUGAGGCCUAGUUGGAACGAGUGCUCAGAGGGGCCUGAGUAAUGUUUGGUGGAGGAUAGAGUUCUCUCACCACACGGUUCCAGAAUCAGCACAGCCCAGAUCUCCCUGCAGCUCUCCCCCUGAAAGGCAGGGAGUCCCCUGAGGGAUGUGGGGAGCUCAGAAUUCCCCAUGGGUUCGGACUUUUCUGGAGGUUCAGUGGUUAAGACUUCACCUUCCAGUACAGAGGGUGCAGGUUGGAUCCCUGGAGGGGGAAGUAAGAUCCCACAUGCCUUGUGGCCAAAAAACCAAAACAUAAAACAGAAACAAUAUUGUAACAAAUUCAAUAAAGACUUUAAAAAUGGUCCACAUCAAAAAAAAAAAAUCUUAAAAAAUAAAAGAAUUCCCCGUGGGUGUACAGGGCCACAUGCUUCUGCUUCUGGUAAGGUGGGGCAGGCCCAUAUAGACCCUUCCCACUAAAGCACGGAGCAGUUUGGCAGAAGAGUCCCAAGAGAAGAGAGGAGGACAGAGUGGGAGCCACCUGUGGGGAGGGAGCGGUGAAUCUGAUUGAUGUGGGGGCUAGGGGUGGGGGGUCUGAAUUAAGCCUUCUAGGAUGUGGGCUUGGGAGGUGGUACUGGGUUGAUUCGCUCCCUCUCCCCCCCUCCCCCCCCAAUUCAUGUCCACCUGGAGACUCAGAAUGUGAACUUUUUUUGGAAAGUCUUUGUAGAUGUAAUUUAUUAAGAUGAGGUCAUCCUGGAGUGGGUGGGGCUGGGGGGGGGUGGUCCCUAGAAAAAUGGCUGGUGUCCUUAUAAGAAGAGGAGAGACCCACAGACACAGAGAGAAGGUGGCCAUGUGAAGGGGAGGCAGAGACUGGAGUGAUAGGACCACAAGUCAAGGAAGCCUGGAGCCCCCAGAAGCUGGACGAGGCAGGAAGGACCCUCCCCUGGACCCUUCAGAGGGAGUGAGGUCCUGCCACACCUGGAUCUUGGGCUUCCGGCCUCCAGAACUGGGAGAAGAUACAUUUUUGAUGUUGUAAGCCCCUCAGUGUGUGGUUAUUUGUUACAGCCUCCCCUGGACGCUAAUACAGAGCGCUUCACAGUAGAACUUGUGUGCUUCUAAGACCUUCAGUAUCUUCAUCCAGAAAAUGGAGCCAUUAAGACCCCUGGCCUGUCCUGGCUUCCAUGACCAUCCUCUGUGUGUAUGGUGGGGGUCAUCUCAAGUGGUGGCGGGGAUUCUGGGGUCUGGGGACAGGCAGGGUCUGGUCUUCACGCUGCCUUUCUCCUCCCACAGCCCUGCCUGCCUGUGAAGCUGCUUUUGCCCAGGAGGAAGGAGAGGAUGGCUGCUGGGUGCCUGCCCCUCUGGCCCCAGGAGGUGGUGACCUUCGAGGACGUGGCCGUGGACUUCACCACGGAGGAGUGGGCUUUGCUGGACCCGGCUCAGAGGAGGCUGUACACAGAGGUGAUGCUGGAGACCUGUGGGAACCUGGCCUCUGUGGAAGCCUCGAGGAACCAGAGUCCUGAUACAGACAUUGAGGAUGGCACUAUAUCCCCAGCACCAGCCUCUCAAGUCACCAGUCUUUCUCCAUGGACAGCGUAUUCACUCUUUCAACCAAUGGUGUCUUUCCACUGGGAGCAAGGAGAAGCCAUGUGGAUGGCGGGGAAAGGAACUCCGCCAGCUUCCUGUUCAGAUUGGGAGACUAAACUGAAAAGCCAACAGUCAGUUUACAAGAAGGUGGUUUUGGAGGAAGAAUCACUUGGUGGUAUGAAUAUUGUAAAGCUCCCCAGAGAGGGCUGGGGAUGUGCUCAACUUGAGGGGAACUGUGAAGACCCACAGAGGCUUUCGAGGCAAAUGGGGUACUUCCAGAUAGAGGCAUUUGUACAAGAGAAGGCUACUGCAUGGCAUGAAUUUGGGGAAAAAUGUAAUCUGAGCUCAGACCUUUUUUUAUCACAAGGUUUUCUAGGAAGACGUUUCCAUGACUGUGGCUUAGCUAUUGAGAGUUUGGUAUCUGAUCCAUUCUUAAACCAUCAUCAUAUGGGAUAUACAUACCAGAGACCCUGUAAAAGUGAUGAAAGUGGAAAAAAUCUCAACCCAAAUAGUCACCUUAUUCCACCUGAAAGAACUCAAACAGGGGAGAAAAUUUCUGCAUAUGCGGAAAGUGGGAAAUCAUUUAAUCAUGGUAUGGCACUUACCAUACACAACAGAAUCAAUACAGCAGAGAAGCCCUAUGAAUGUCACCAGUGUGGGAAAGUGUUUAACCGGAGGCAUUCCCUGAGUGAACAUCAGCGAAUUCACACAGGAGAGAGACCAUUUGAGUGUCCGGAAUGUGGGAGAGCCUUCACGCACAGCUCCACCCUCACUCGACAUCUGAGAACUCAUACUGGAGAGAAGCCCUAUGCAUGCAGUGAAUGUGGGAAAGCCUUCAAUAGGAUUUCCUCUCUUACCCAACAUCAGAGGAUUCACACAGGGGAAAAGCCCUAUAAAUGCAAAGACUGUGGGAAAUCCUUCUGCCAGAGUUCUUACCUUAUCUUGCACAAGAGAACGCAUACGGGUGAGAAGCCCUAUGAGUGUAAUGAAUGUGGAAAGGCCUUCAGUGACCGAUCGUCUCUUAACCAACACGAGAGGACUCACACCGGCGAGAACCCCUAUGAGUGUAACCAGUGUGGAAGGGCCUUCAGCCAGAGGUCUUCCCUGGUUCGGCAUGAGAGAACCCACACUGGAGAGAAGCCAUAUCUCUGUAAUGAAUGUGGGAAAGCCUUCAGCCAGAGCUCUUCCCUUAUCACACACCAGAAAACGCACACUAGCCAGAAAACCUAUAAAAUAAUUGAUUGUGGGAAAGCAUUCCAUCAGAGCAGCCACCUUGUUGGAUUUUAGAGCUCACUUGCUGCCUUGUAAUGUACUGUUUUGCACUCUACCACGUAGGUCUGUUCAGACUUUGCCCCUCUGAUGUACUGCUUGAGAAUAAGUAGGCUUAUGCUUCGUUCUUGAAGCAAAGCACUGUAGUCCAGAGCGGGGAAAAGGCACCUUAUAAUAGGGAGAAAUUGCCAUGGAACUAUGCCUAAUGAGCUCCACCCUCUUGGAAAAGAUUGGUAAAUGGAAUGGGAUAUUGCUGAGAAUUACUGCAUUAAUUUAGUUGUUGAAACAAAGCAUGUUCUGUUUCAA